AACAACCUUUCAAGCCUCAGCAGAAGAUAAGGUCUCAUCUCUCUCUCUCUCUCUGCCAUGGCUGAAGCUUCAGGAAUCCUACAAACUUCUCUGAUAUCAAACUUCCAUCCAUUCCACAAAACCCACUUGCCUCAGCUACACCCAGUACUGAGUUUCCGCAGAAACCCCACAAUUCCAAUCCAGUGCUCAGUCUCAACGAGCGAGACCACCAAAACGACAACGACCCAGAACGCCAUUCCUUGGGGAUGCGACAUAGAUUCGUUGGAGAACGCCUCGGCCCUUCAGAAAUGGCUGUCGCAGUCGGGUCUUCCGCCGCAGAAGAUGGCCAUUGAGAGAGUGGACGUAGGAGAGAGAGGCUUGGUUGCUUUGAAGAACAUUCGGAAAGGAGAGAAGCUGCUUUUUGUGCCUCCUUCUCUUGUCAUUUCUGCUGACUCUGAAUGGAGCUGUGAGGAGGCUGGUGAAGUGAUGAAAAAGAAUUCAGUUCCUGAUUGGCCAUUACUAGCAACCUACUUAAUAAGUGAGGCAAGUCUCAUGGAAUCUUCAAGAUGGAGCAACUACAUUUCUGCAUUACCUCGGCAACCUUAUUCACUCCUCUAUUGGACACGCGAUGAAUUAGAUCGAUAUUUGGAAGCAUCACAGAUUAGAGAGAGGGCGAUUGAAAGGGUUACAAAUGUCAUUGGAACAUACAAAGAUUUAAGGCUUAGGAUAUUUUCCAAGUAUCCUCACUUAUUUCCUGAAGAGGUAUAUAAUUUGGAGACCUUCAGCUGGUCAUUUGGCAUUCUCUUCUCACGUUUGGUCAGGUUACCUUCAAUGGACGGAAAGUUUGCCUUGGUUCCUUGGGCAGAUAUGCUGAACCACAAUUGUGAGGUGGAGACAUUCUUGGAUUAUGAUAAAUCAUCUCAAGGAGUUUUAUUUACAACAGAUCGGCCAUAUCAGCCAGGUGAGCAGGUUUUCAUCUCAUAUGGCAAGAAAUCUAAUGGAGAGCUACUGCUGUCCUAUGGUUUUGUUCCAAAGGAGGGAACAAACCCUAGUGAUUCAGUUGAGUUAUCACUGUCGCUUUCGAAAUCUGAUAAAUGUUAUAAGCAGAAGUUGGCAGCUCUGAGGAAGCAUGGAUUACAAGUGUCACAACGUUAUCCGAUACGAAUCACUGGCUGGCCUUUGGAAUUAAUGGCAUAUGCUUAUUUAGCUGUCAGCCCUCCAAGUAUGAGCAGCCAAUUUGACGAGAUGGCUGCUGCAGCGUCGAACAAAACCGACAUCAAGAAAGAUUUAAGAUACCCUGAAAUAGAGGAAGAAGCCCUACAGUUUAUAUUAGAUAGUUGUGAAUCUAGCAUAUCAAAGUACAACAAGUUCUUGCAGCAAAGUGGAACGUUGGAUUUAGAUGUGACAUCACCUAAGCAACUCAAUCGAAGGUUGUUUCUGAAACAGCUAGCUGUAGACCUAUGCACUAGCGAGCGAAGAAUACUGUUCCGUACCCAAUAUAUACUGCGGAGGAGAUUGAGGGAUAUAAGAAGUGGUGAAUUGAGAGCUCUAAAAAUCUUCAACGGGUUGCGGAAUUUUUUCAAAUAAGAUGAUUUCUUCGCGCGUAACGUUGCCAUCCGUUACAAAUGAAACUUCACCGCGAUCCAGAUCCCAUGGCCAUCUUGUGAGAUAUGUGUAAAAGAGGUAGACAUUGAGAAAAAUGUAAUUCAUUUAGAAGCGGAUUCAGUCAUGUAAAGAGAUGUAAUGUGACAAACACCAUAUAGUAGCAAUUCUGCACUCUCGUCUUUUUUGAGGCUCCAUAAGCUAUUUGAAGUUGACACAAUGACAUGAUUUCUGAGUUGUUCGAGUGAAUAGUUAAUGAGAC